AUGGCGAGCAGUGAUACUUCGAGCCAGCCCCAACAUCGCGGUAUUCCCAGCUCCAUUGUAGAUCGCCUGGGUUCAUGGCUCCUCGGCUUUCCACCAGAGAGAUGCAGCUACACAACUCAACCCUUGCGCAUCCCUCUUUCCGACGGCCUGUCGCGCAUAGAGCUCGCAGCCGACCUGUACCAGCCGGUCCUAUCCAAUGGCGCUAAAGUGUUGGGGACGAUCCUCGUGCGCUGUCCGUAUGGUCGCGGAUUCCCCAUUGCACUCACGCCGCGCGCAUAUGCUGCGCGCGGCUAUCAGGUUCUUUUUGUCAGCUCUCGGGGUACGUUUGGAUCUGGUGGCGAGUUCGAUGCGUUUCGCACCGAGGUGGAAGACGGCCAGGGUGUUGUGGCAUGGAUGCGCGAGCAGCCGUGGUAUACAGGCACGUUCGCCACCUGUGGAGGGUCGUAUCUUGGGUACGUUCAAUGGGCGCUCAUGUACGACCCGCCUCCAGAUCUAGUCGCGGCCGUCCCCGUCGUCGGCCCCCAUGACUUCGCGCGACCAAACUGGACCACGGGCGCGCUGAACUUCGACAUCGUGAGGUGGGCGGACGAGAUGGCGCGCCAGGAACAAACAAACCUCCUCGUCAAGAUAGUCAAACCGCAGCGCAAAAUCGAUUCCGUACUCGACCGCACCCCGUUGGCGCGGAAUAUCCGCGCCCAUCUCGGUGAAGGGAGUCGGUGGCUCGACAACAUCGUCGCAAAGCCUGACUUGUCUGAUCCGCACUACGCCCCGAUGCAGCUCGGUCGCUGCCUGGAUCGCGUGAAUAUCCCCAUCCUCAUCGUCACGGGCUGGUACGAUCUCUUCCUCGAGCAAUCCAUGGAGCAGUACGCCCGCCUCCACGAACGCGGCUGCGACGUCGCCCUCACCGUCGGACCAUGGGCACACAUGGAAUCCGCGUUCAGACCGCAGGGAAACCGGCAGGGCUUCGAAUGGAUCGAGCAGCAUCUCAGCGGGCGCGCCGACGCGCAGCGCUCCUCAGCCGUGCAGUACUUCGUGACAGGCGUCCAGGAGUGGAGGCAUCUACCCGCCUUCCCGCCGCCCACAUCGCCGUCGACACUGUACCUCCGCGAGGGCGGUGCGCUGGGGACCGAACCCGCACCGCCUUCUGCUUCGGCGUCGUGCAGCUUCACGUUCGACCCGCGCGACCCGACGCCCAGCAUCGGCGGCAACGCGCUGCUCAGCAACGGCAUCGUUAAUGAUACUGCGCUUGCGCGCCGCAGCGACGUGCUCGUCUUCGACUCCGCGCCGCUGGAGCGGGAUAUGGAGUUCUGCGGCCGGCCGGUUGUGUCGCUUGCACAUUCCACUGACAGCCCCUAUGCGGACAUUUUCGUGCGCGUUAGCGACGUGGACGCUAAAGGCUCGUCGCGCAAUGUGACGGAUGUGUUUCGGCGCUUGGAUGUGGAGCGCGGUGAGGAUUCGGAUGCGGUGCAGGUCGUGCUGCAUCACUGCUCGCACCGGUUUCUGCGCGGGAGGAGGGUCAGGGUGAUUGUGGCUGGGGGUAGUUUCCCGCAUUAUGCGCGGAAUCAUGGGGUGCUGAAUCCGGGGGAGAUGGGGACGGAGAUGCGGGCUGUUGUGCAUACGGUGCGCUUGGAUGGGGUGUCGAAGGUUGUGUUUCCUGUUGUGGGGAUAGACGAUAGUCAGGAUUGA